CGAUAUUUUCUUGCAAGCGAGUAAAAUCGUUACAGUGCAGAACCUACCGUAACAGCUAUCCGAAGGGUUUAGCGCAAAAAAAAUAGGACGCGUCGCAUAUUGUGAUCGCUCGACUCCACGCGAGCUUAUCACUCUACCAUCUCAACUCGCGUGUUAGCCUCCUCUUUUGGCUUUCAAGUAUUUUAUAUUGGCACCUUACCAAGGUAUUAACUUUGCACAUCGAGACUUUUUCGCGUUACGAAGAUGACGAAACGUACGUCGGACCAGUACAUGGCGAUGAACGACGACGACCUUGACGAUGAGCUUGAGAACAUGCCUGUAACAGAAAGUUGCGAUGUGAUCCGUCGCAAGAUCCGCGCUCUCAUCGACAAUGGCGAGAUGAAAGUCGGCGAGUUCCAGAACGCGAUUAACGUGACCCCGAACGCGUACUCACGCUUCCUGGGGCAGAACGGGCCCGACAAAGGCUCCGAGUCAUCCGUUUACAUGGCCGCCUGGUCUUUCUUCAAAAAGAGAGAACUGCGCGGCAUCAAGACGAAGCCGAAUAAGAAGGCCAAAACGGGCACUAAUGGCAAGGAUAGUGUGCCGAGUGUGGACGGCAUUGAGUUGGAGGGAGAGAAGGACGAUAAGGUCCAAGUCUACGAUACAUGCGAUGACAUCCGCCACAAGAUAAACGCGCACCUUAAAAAGCCCGGCAUGACGCAAGCUGCUUUCCUACGCGCUGCAGCCGCGUCCUACCAUGCUGCUCCUAGGAAACUCACAUCCCCGCAACUGUCCGCUUUCCGCAGCAAGAAGGGCGCUUAUGAAGGCAACACAUCUGGUGUCUUCUACGGCUCCUACGUGUACUUUGAGAAACUGAGAAUCAAAGAGGGCAAGCCGAAGAGCAAGAAGCGGACUGAGAUGGAGGAUAUUCAUGCAAAGGACGGAGGGAUGGAAACGAAGAGACUGAUGAAUUAUACUUUGUGUACGAGUGAUAAAAGGCCUGUUAUGGAUAGUUAUGGGAGGUUGGGUUUCUGUUAGUCGAGGAACGAGGACGUAUGGUUCAGGGGCAGGGUAUUCUGAGGAUUCGAGCGUCACUACUAAUGUGCGGGCUUUUGUUUGCUUUUGGAAAUCUAAAAGAUGGAGUGCUGGUUUCAGGUUGUACUCGGAGUGCUGGCGGUGUUUCUAGCUCGAUGCAGGUGUGUUGAUAGUUUCUUUGCGAUUUUAAUUUUUACAUAUUCGGUGUCCUCAAUAUCCCUGUGGUAUGUACAUGCUGUGUGAAAUUCCACGCAGCUCCUUUGAGUCCAUGAUCGCAGGAAUGAAUUCACGCCCCAACGCCUUUGCUGAUAAGAUAUGCCAACUACCUGCCCAACACAGAUGGUGCGAAUUAUAGUGUUGCUGCUGCCUCGAUAGCUCCUGCGAGUUUGAAUGUCUUCGGACUCGUGAAGACGAUCUCAACGGGGUACUGCCACUCCAUGUACUUU